AUGGGUGAUCUCAAGAGGCACCAGAGAACCCAUACGGGAGAAAAGCCGCACCAGUGCAGCACAUGUGGAAAGGCGUUUGCAUUCCUGAAAGAUGUCCGGAGGCAUCAGAGUAUUCACACUGGAGUAAAGCCGUACUCAUGCACUACUUGUGGAAAAGCCUUCAGACAACAAAGUUACCUGGAGAGACACAAGCUAACCCACACUGGAGAAAAGCCGCACCAGUGCAUUAUGUGUGAAAAGGCAUUUGCCGACAAAAGUCAACUGAAAACUCACUUGAGAAUCCACACUGAAGGAAAGCCCUAUCUGUGUGAAAAUCCAUCUGAAAUCGGAUCACCAAGUCAACCGGCGAAUAUAGAAGUCAAGCUGGAGGAAGAUGAGGACUGUGGAUACGAGAAGGACUCUUCUGCAGGAUCAGAAACGGAGGAUGAAGAAGAGGAGGAGGAAGAGUUUCAUCCGCCUUCAUCAGUGUCCAGCAGUUCGGAUGAUUCAGAGGGCUCGUGGGAGACGAGCGUGAAGGAAGUAGAGAUGCAGGAUGACGACGAAAGUUCUCUAAACGGAGAAGAUGCAGAAUCGAAAUCACCAAUCAAAAAUGGGAAACCUGUGGGCAAAAGAAAAGAGGAAAAGACUUCCAGGCCAAAAGGCUGUCCUCGAAAAAACCAACAGAUUAUUAAUCUCAGUGAAAAUCAAUACCAGUAUAAUACCUGUGGGAAGAAUUUUACUGACAACAGCCAACUCACCCAACAUCAACGAGUACAUUCUGGAGAAAAGUCUUACCAGUGCACUAUCUGUGAAAAAGCCUUUGCAUACAAAUGUUAUCUUAUAAAACACCACAGAGUCCACACUGGAGAAAAACCUUACCAGUGCACUACAUGCGGAAAGUCUUUUACACGCAAAGAUCACCUUAAAGUACACACUAGGGUCCACACUGGAGAAAAGCCUAAUGAGUGUUCUACAUGUGGAAAGGCCUUUGCAGUACCACGUGACCUCAAAAGACACAUUAGAAUUCAUACCGGAGAAAAGCCAUAUCAGUGCACAACUUGUGGAAAAGCCUUUGCUACUAGCAGCUCUCGAAAUUCACACAAGACAGCAACCCACACUGGAGAAAAACCUUACCAGUGCAGUACAUGUGGACAGUCCUUUACACAGAAAUAUAGUUUUGUAAAACACCAUCAUAUCCACACUGGAGAAAAGCCUUACCAGUGUGUUAUAUGCGGAAAGUCUUUUGCAGGAAAAUUUGAUCUUAAAGUACACAAUAGGGUCCACACUGGAGAAAAGCCUCAUGAGUGUUCUACAUGUGGGAAGUCCUUUUCAGACAGGAGUGAUCUUAAGAGACACCUUAGAGUUCACACGGGAGAAAAGCCUUAUCAGUGUACUACAUGCGGAAAAGCCUUUGCUACUAGCAGCACUCUAAAUUCGCACAAGAAAAUCCACACUGGGAUAAAGGAGCAUGUAUGUCCUGCUUGUGGAAUGGGCUUUGCACAUCUGCGAGACAUGAAAAAGCAUCAGAGAACCCAUACUGGAGAAAAGCCAUAUCAGUGCAGCACAUGUGGGAAGACUUUUGCUAGAAAAGACUAUCUCAUUAGGCACCAACGCACUCAUUCUGGCGAGACGCCUGAAAAGCCGUACCAGUGCACCUUGUGUGGACAGGCCUUUGCAGACUCGCGUACUCGAAAACGCCAUCAGAGAAGUCAUACUGGAGAACAACCAGAUCAGUGGAAAGACAAAUGUGAUCUAAAAUACCCAUAGUGGACAAUCUGGUAUUUUUUUUUUAAUAAUACAUGCACAGAAGGAGAGCUCUUUCUCAAGUGGUUUUGUCCAUAAAUGGUUUAUUUCACAAGACGUGUCUGAGUUAAAACACAAUCGUUGUAUUUUAUAUUACAUGUCUGAGGUGAAAAGUCUUUUAAUUCCUAACACGUGUCCUAGUUCCUAAGUAGUUCAUUUCAUAAUGUGUGUACUAAUUCAUUAGUAAUUCAUUUUUCAAUGUCCAUACUAGUUCAUUCAUUUUAUAAUGUGCAUACUAGUUCAAGCAGUUAAUUUGCCAAUGUGCAUACUAGUUCCUAAGCAGUUUGUUUUACGGUGUAGUUGGAAGCUGGUUCAGGAGUAAACCAGGUUAAAGCUGCUCUCUGCCAUUUGGCUGAAUUUGUGUGGUGCAUGACUGCCUCAAAAUCUACACAGUCAUAAAAAAAUGCUCUUUAACUCCCCUCCUUGUGUGAAUGUUUUCAUCCCAGAGUACCAACAAUGAAUACUAUUGAUAAUAUUUCUCCUGUGGCACGUAAAGUCUGUUUUUCACAUGUCACUCAUUCGCUCUGUUAAAAGUAAACUUGUGGGGAACUCUGACAACGGACCGCGAAAGUGGUUAGGAGAAUCACUGUUCAUUUACUUUUGACUCAUUUAUGGAUCAGCCAACUUGAAUCUGUAGUUAAUUAACCUUUCAAUUCUACCUUGUAUACCUUUAAGUUAAGGGGUAAAUCCAUAGAACAGCCUGGAGAGGACUCCAUGCUCUUCCAUUAGAUGAUUUACCUCUGCAUUUAACCUGGUUUAUUCCUGAGAAAACAAGGACUCCAGGGUUUUCUAUUAGAUGCUUUACCUCUUAACUUCACCUGGUUUACUGUUGAACCAGCUUCUUGGUAUAGGCUCCAGUAUCCUCCUAUGGGGUUCUUUUCAAUAUCCUUACUCCCAUCCUUGAAAUAAACUUCUGUCCCAAUGUCAUCACAGUGUGACU